AUGCUGCGAGAUAAGAAACCGCCCUCAGGUCCAAGGCCAGACUAUAGACCAUUCAAGGCGCAGGAGAACUACGAUCUGAAGGCGGUGCGAGAGCCGACCCUGAAAUCCUCCUCGCGCAACAACCUGUCACGCAUUUCUUUUGGCGGACACGCGGACGAAAAUCUGGGUGGUUCAUACGAAUUCCUACCCUCCCCCAGCUUUGAUGACCUCCACUCAAGCAUAACUUCCUCGUCAAAUGAGUUCGACUUUGAAAGACUUAGUGAAAUAGGGAGCAGCGUAGUAGGAGCAAAGCGCCCAACCGAAAAGAUGAAUACCAGCACAUCGACCCCAGAAGUGCGGAGCAAUGGCACAACCCGUGGGCCAGUAUCUGGACCAAGACCAGCAAGGACAGGAUCAAUAGUGAGGCGGCAGAGCACAUCUACGCGGCAAAGUAGCGCUUCCUCGACCUCAACCGCGUCCGCAGUACCAGGAUCUAUGGAUCCCCCAAGCGCCCCUCUCUUCACCAGGAACCGACGGCAAAGCCAAUAUCCUCCCAUAUCUGGGAGUGCUACGUUGAACGCGGCCAAAGCCCCCCGAAAAUCGAUAGGACCAGGAGUGGUAGAAUCGGAUCAUACGCGUGCAACACAGAGGAGGCGACCAAGUCUGGCUUUGAGCGUAUCUUCACAAGGACAAUCGGAAGCUGCAGGGGCUUCUACGCGGGUACAUAUCGGAGGUGCGCCGACAUACACGGAUGGGGCUCGGGGACUGACGGCGUCGAGGGCUGCAAAGACGAAAUCCCUCCAGCCGCCUUCAAGGCAAACUCAGACACAGUGGGCGGCAAAGAGGGUGACUCCGGACCACAUGAGAUCAUCCUCCUACGCUGGGAGAUCCCCAGGACGUCCCAAUGGAAGAGUCACCACAACUCCCUCCUCGACAGCGAAGAGAAUGUCAGUUAUUCCCGGUAUGCCCACCUCUUCCUCCCACGCUACAGGCCUGGGAGCUCGAACUGUCAGCCCUACGGACGCUCGGAGAGCAAGGCGAUUAUCUGUUUUACAAGGCCCCCCGCCAAUGCCAAACACACCACCUACUCCUCAGCCCGAAACUUCAACUAUACGAACUUCUUCGAGAUCACCCUCCAUGUUACCGAGAAAAGUGUCGACACCUUCGUCCUCAAGGACUACUCCAGAUCUUAAUCGCAAGUCUUACAGUUCUGGUCUAUCAAAUGCUUCGAAUCAGAGCCACAAUGGAACUUGUCGUACUUCGACGGGAUCGCUACAACCUCGAAUGUCGCUUCCUGCUUCGUCUUCUAGAUUACCCACGCCAAAGCCAAGAAAUACUCAUAGCUCAGCUGGGAACCAUGAGGAGGAGGAGGUACCACCUGUCCCAGCUAUCCCAAAGGCGUACGAGUCGCCAAAGGAUUCGCCCGUGGAGCCGCCAUUCUUCGUUAAGCCGAUGUCAAGCAUGCCAUUGGAUGCGAACAGUAUCAAUAGUACGUUUACAAACAGUCAAUCUGGGAAAGGGCAUAUUCGAGAUCCACCAAAGAACGAUCGAGAGCCAAGAAAUCGCCAUCAUGGCCCUACUUCAACUCCAGACGAUCAGCAGAUCGCCGCACCCGUUAAGAAGAAUUUGCAGCCUCUCCGAUUGCCGCCUUUGAAUCUACUACCUUUGAGUACUCCCACGGCUGCGAAGAUUGCGGCAUUAGAAAAAGAUCCCGUACACUCUGAUGGACAAACAACGCCGCCACCACGCCGGAGCAAUGCCAAAACUCCUAGUAGUCCCAUGACUGCGUCGAAGGCCUCGUUCUUCUCGCGGAAACGUAACGAAUCGAAGGCUGAAAAUCAUCUAGCACAUAUGAGAAGCAGCAGCUCUAUUCACUUCCUGCGAUCGGAAUCCUCGUCUCAACACGGUGCGAGCAGCUCUGAAUCUUCCAAGCCUAUCCCCAUGAAUAGCCGACAAAAAAGGCAAACCGUGUCGCCGUUCAUCUCAUCCUCUCUACCAAAGAACAGUGAAGAGCAUUCCUUCAUGCCAAGAUCAAAGACCAGUGGCGAUCUUUCAACGCAAGAAACAGUCGCCUCUGAACCCUCACGGCCAGCAAGAUUGACCGGACCUCGUGCUCAGAAAUUACUCAAACCAAUCAAGACUGAGACUCCAACACGCAUUUCCAGCCCUGAAGACAUUAGCACUCCAUCUUCAGGUACAUCUCUACGCCGGAAGCUUAGCCUGGGUUGGAAGAGGACCACAUCAAAAAAUAAUAUCGGUACGUCCCAUGCAGCUAAUGAAAGAUGCUCGGAAUACCCUCCACAGCCACCCAGACACGAUAUGCCGCCACCUCGUCUCCCUGCUUCCGCCACUGUCAAUUCUCUAAACAAUGCAAACGUCCCCAGCCCGAGUCCCUCUGUCAAGUCAACAACCUACCUGGACUCGAAACGGCGCAAGAGCUCCAUUUCAAGCAUGACUGUGUUUGGUGGCCAUGAUAGAACCAGAAGCGACUCAUGGGGUCUCAACGGAAACCCCCAGAAAGAAAAGCCAACCCCUCCAGCGGAUAGACAGCUUUCUUCAGCCCGUUCGACUUCUACUAUGCACAAGAUGUUGAGCUCCAAGAAUUCAAGCAGUACCACUAGCACUACGAAAAUUGCAGACCGCUGGACAAUGGAUCUUGAUAAAGAUGACUUGACUGCCGAGGCCGAGGUCAAAAAGCUCGGUCUGAGGCGCAAGGACACCGAACAUGCUGCGGCAAUCCUUGAUGCUUUGUAUCAACGCGCCAACCCGCAGGAUGGUGUCUCGCCUCAACAAGCUUUGCAAAGGUGUGACCUCAAUAUCUUCGAGCGCGGUGAAAUAAUCGACUACAAGGAUAUCUACUUUACCGGAACACCAACAGCUGCGAAGCAUGUUGGGGAGCUCGGAGCUGAUAGUGCCAACUUUGGGUACGAUGACGAGAGAGGAGACUACAAUAUCGUCACCGGUGAUCACCUUUCAUAUAGAUAUGAGAUUGUUGAUGUUCUGGGGAAGGGGAGUUUUGGUCAAGUUGUUCGGUGCGUUGACCACAAGCUGGGAGGACUGGUAGCCGUAAAGAUCAUUCGCAACAAGAAGAGGUUCCAUCAGCAAGCUUUAGUCGAAGUCAACAUCUUGCAAAAGCUGCGCGAAUGGGACCCCAAGAACCGGCACAGCAUGGUCAGCUUCACCCAGAGCUUCUACUUCCGCGGCCAUCUUUGCAUCUCUACCGAGCUCCUUGACAUGAAUCUCUACGAGUUCAUCAAGGCGAACAGUUUCAAAGGCUUCAGUCUUAAGCUCGUGCGACGUUUCACGAAGCAGAUGCUGACCAGUCUGGUGUUGCUCAAGCAGCACAAGGUUAUCCAUUGUGACUUGAAGCCAGAAAACAUUCUUCUUACGCAUCCGCUGCACUCUGAGAUUAAGGUCAUCGAUUUUGGAUCCAGUUGCUUCGAAAACGAAAAAGUGUACACAUACAUCCAAUCACGUUUCUACAGAUCCCCGGAAGUCAUUCUUGGCAUGACCUAUGGGAUGCCCAUUGAUAUGUGGAGUUUAGGUUGCAUUUUGGCCGAGUUGUUCACUGGUGUUCCCAUAUUUCCUGGUGAAAACGAACAGGAGCAGUUGGCCUGCAUCAUGGAAGUCUUCGGCCCUCCAGGGAAGCACCUUGUCGACAAGAGUACCCGGAAGAAGCUUUUCUUCGACUCGAUGGGCAAGCCGCGUCUUACAGUCUCCUCCAAGGGACGUAGACGCAGACCGUCUUCAAAGUCGUUGGAACAAGUCCUCAAGUGCAACGACGAGGUAUUCCUCGACUUCCUCACUCGUUGCCUUCGCUGGGAUCCCGACACCCGUAUGAAACCCGAAGAAGCCAUCCGACAUGAAUUUCUUUCAGGUCAAAAAUCGGCCGCUCCACUCCCCCGCAUGGCUGGGCGAAAUGAAUCCCCUAUCAAACGAAGCAGCGCCAUAGUGCCCGCGUCAUCUGGCAGCAACCGUCCUCUUCCCGAACCACCAGCAACGAGCUUCAAGAAUGGCACCGCAGUUAGACCGCGCGAGCCCUCCGGCUCUAGCCCCACCAAAUCUACCGCAACCGCACGCCGACAAUCGACCGCCAGCGGACUAGCUACAGCCGGAAGCAAACGUACAAGCACAGGGGUCGUCUUGACCACUGGCAACAGUGGCUUACCCCGGGUAACGAGAAGCACGAGCGGGAGGAUCGACCAUGUGGCUGGAAUGGCAUCCGUCGGGGCUUCCAUUGCGAUGGGUAAACGAUGA